AGAGUGAGACGAAGUGGAAGUAAACGUGACAGCUGGGAUCGACGAAGAAGUAUCAGCCGAUUGCCAGUGGGAGAGGGAGGGAGCGAGGGAGAGGGUGCGGGUCGGUCGAUCGAUUGAGGCGAUCAGAUUGGACCCGGAAAAGCGUGCGGUGUGUGCUAGUUGCUAGUUUUAGGCAGUAGAAAUCGUUCGGAGAAGUUUUUUGGUUGGAAGCCCGGAAGCAAGAGGGUGGCAGUGAGACGUGUGCCCGAGGCGGAGGCUGGACGACGAAGGCCUUCAGGGAAAGCGGAGCAGUGGGGAGGAGGAGGAGGAGGAAGAGAAGAGGUCGAGCGGGCCGGCGUGCUAAUAGGUUUGCCUCGAAACCGAGCUUGCAAGGCCUGGAACGGAAGUGCAGACGGUCAGAAAGAUAGGUGAGAAGGGAAGUGACGAACACCGUAGUGUGCGAGUGUGGGUGUUUGCUCUAUUUUCCCUAGCAGAACAACUGAUGCUUGCGGAGGCGAAUACGAAGAGGUUUCUGCUUGACAAUCUGCGGUGCUGUGCGACGGGGUUCUGGCCCGCUGAAGAGGACCCGUGUCUCCGAACGAGAUCGAAGGAAAGUGCGAGGAAAACCGAAAAAAAGACAGACACAAGUCAGACCCGAGCCCGGAAAGAACAUUGAGCGUCGGGCUGCCGUGCGAGCGACGAGGCCUUCGGAUACAGCAGCAGCAGCGGCGAAGGCGGAGGAGCUCUGGAAGAGUGGAGGAGGAGGAGAAGGAGACGUGUAACAGGCGGGGCGAGGGGGAACCUUCAGAGCAUGGCAGAUAAGCCCACGAGCGGGCUGAGAAGUGCGGUGGCAGCGGGUCAUUAGUCUAGGAGGACAGAUUAGCGCUCCCCUUCUGCUGCUGUUUCGGGUGCCAUUCUGGACCGUGACGAAGGUCUUCCUCCUCCUCCUCGUGUCUUUGUAACCAUCUCAAUUUCUGGUCGGAUCUUAUCCAGGGUUGCUCUCUGUGCGUACGGAUUCCUCUGCGCCGGUUCCAGUCAGUGCUCUGCAGCAGGUUAUAGUCCUCCGCUUUGGAUACGAGCUGUUUCCAGAUCUCUAGCCCUCGAUGUAUAUUGAGCUCGACGUCUGAAGCUUACUAUUACUCACUUGUGCUUUCGAGACUCUCAACUGGGCCGGACGGCAGGUAGUUGUGAUUAGAUCCCGGAAAUCACUUUGCAACAGUUUUUUUCGCUCCUCUACUCGAUCUGUAGAUGCUUAGACCAUACUAGAGAAGCACGGUUAUAGUUCGGUCUUGUAUGACCGCCAUCUUCGCUGGUGUAUCGCCGUGGAGUCGGAAAUCUGCAACAGGGGUUUGUACCGAAGACCGUCUGACGACGGUGGUCAUACGUUUUAUGUUCUCAUCGGGCACAUGGGAAUUGUUACCUAAAGGGUAGCUGCAGUGACCCACGGCUUAUUUGUCCAUUACACCUGAUCUUCUUCCGAGGACUUCUGCUGGUAUUGCUCUCCUUGGGACUUUCUGCAAGGGAUACAACAUGUCAUCAAGUGGGGCUUACCUUCAAGAAUGAUCAGUUCACGACAGGGGAGCCUCAAGCCGCCUGAUUCGGAGCCUUUGUAAGAAGAUGCACGCGCUUUCAUCGAUCUCAACUUGAGAGAAGUCAGGGUCUGGCUACCAGCGGCAAUUGUGGUUGGGAUCUGCUUCCGUCUCUCACGACGUCCAAGAUUAAGAAGCCAAGGCCUCGGCUGAGGUUGUGGAUUGCAGGUCUUCCACAUACACAGGACAUCAUUAAGCCAGUUCGUAGAGUGUUCUCCAGGUUCUCCUCAUCACUUUUAGGACGUGUAUUUAAAAAGUUUACCUUGAUGCCCCUCAAAAGUAUCAUCCAGGAGAUGAAGGGGGGCAUCGGAAGCAUAUCAAGGCGUAGCUUCGAUGUGAAAUUCCCCCAUCACAGCAGGGGCCGGUCCAGCAGCGUCGUCUUAGAUGAGACGCACCUUAAGGUCGAGCUUUUCCAGCAGCAGAGCUGCUGGGCCAGUAUGCCACCGGAGUUGCUGCGCGAUGUGAUUCAGCGCGUGGAAUCUAGUGAAGGUGUCUGGCCCUGUCGCAAGCACGUUGUUGCAUGUGCAUCCGUAUGUAGCAGCUGGAGGGAAAUAACUAAGGAGCUUGUCAAGACUCCCGAGCAGUCUGGAAAGUUGACAUUUCCUAUUUCGCUGAAGCAGCCUGGGCCACGCGACAGCACCGUCCAAUGUUUUAUAAGGCGUGAUAGAACAACAUCCACUUACCAGUUAUAUCUGGGGACUCCUCCAACUUCGAUGGAGAAUGGAAAAUUUCUCUUGGCUGCUCGAAAAUUUCGACGCGCUACGAGCACUGAUUACAUUAUUUCUUUGGACGCGGAAGAUAUGUCUCGUGGAAGCAACACUUAUGUUGGAAAGCUGCGAUCGAACUUCCUGGGUACUAAGUUCACCAUUUAUGAUAGUCAACCCCCUCACAGCGGGGCCAUUGCCUCGACCAACAGGGCAGGGAGGCGGAUUGGUUCCAAACAAGUUUCUCCAAGGGUACCUGCCGGUAGUUAUAAUGUCGCUCACAUAGCGUAUGAGUUAAACGUCUUAGGUACUAGGGGUCCAAGGCGGAUGCAAUGUACUCUUCACACCAUACCCGCAUCCGCCAUGGAGCCGAAUGGAUCCGCACCCACUCCGACCGAGUUCUCUACUAGUACUAUGAACGUCGAUGACACGAUUCCACACUCGGGCUUUCUAUCUUCUCCAAAGUCCAAGUCAGCAGUUGCAGACUGCAGUGCAGCCGACUGUGAAUACUCAAGUGGUCUCCUGACGAAGGACGGACCCCUGGUGCUGAAGAACAAGGCUCCUCGAUGGCAUGAACAGCUUCAGUGCUGGUGUCUGAAUUUCCGAGGUCGCGUGACAGUUGCAUCGGUAAAAAAUUUCCAACUUGUUGCUGCCACUGAGCCUGCACAAACUACUGCUCAAAAUCAAAGCGACCAUGAUAAAGUGCUGCUGCAGUUUGGUAAGAUCGGGAAGGAUAUGUUCACUAUGGAUUAUCGCUACCCUCUUUCUGCGUUCCAGGCAUUUGCCAUUUGUUUGAGCAGCUUUGAUACCAAGUUAGCCUGCGAGUGAAAUACACGAACUGGAGGCAGGUAUCAAAGCGGAUUGCCUGUUUGCUUUUGCAAAGGUUUUGUAAGUUCGGUUAUUACAUGCGGUGCAUGCACCGCAUGCAGUUUAGAAAUGCUGGGAGUUUUGUGGGCUUCCAGCUUUUUGGGUUCUCUCCUAUCGAUGAGCUGAUACAUGUGCUAGGCAGAGAAGAAAGCCAUGUUUCAUCCUUGAAACCGGGCUUCUGCAAGAAGCCAUACCCUAUGGCUUAGGACUGGUUCGCUGCAGGCCAUUGAGUGCAAAGUUGGCUUCGUGGCGAUAUGGAUGGACCCAUUGCUUAAAAGCUUGGCUAGUACUUAGGAUACGCUGAGCUAUGCAAAACAGUGUAUAUAUAAAAUUCUUGUGUUGGAUAGUGCGAGAUUCCAGCGAUGUAUGCAUGUUCAACGAAUUUGUCUUGAAUGCAACUAGCUUUGGAAUCCCGGAGUUUUGCGAUGCUGGGUAGGUGGAAAGUAAAAUAGAGAGAUUCAACUCACCAGAGCAGGAUGGAGUAUGUCCUACCUGGUUAACGCUAUCAUUCACCUCGUCACUUUUGGUUGACGUGAUCUGGUGAAGAAGUAGCCCCACUCUUAACUGCCAAGGAUUUGAGCUUCUCUCGAGGAAACUGCCAGGAAGAAGAUCGAUCCAGGAAAAGGAUCGAGGCAGAGGCACUUGCUUUGAGAGUUUGCUAGCAAGCUCAUGACAUUGUAGAUCUAUUGUUCAAUUGAAGAUUCUGUGAAGUUCUACGAAGUGUACAAAAAGCCCGGGAGUCUGUUAUCGUUGUAGGUUCUUUUGGUGAAGCUCACCUGGUGGAGGAACAUUUCAGUAAUUAGUCGAGCAAUCGAGAGGGUAGAGAUCACCGGGGUUCCGAAUACAAACACGAGAUGAUCAUGUCGCAAGGGCAUUGUUGCGGAGUUGUCUCGAUGGGUUGUUACCGAGUUUUGUGUAUGAAAUAAUAGAUGAGAGUC